AUGGUGGGGUCAAAUUUCACAUGGACUAGAACGGAAGAUGGAGGAAAAAUCCUAGAGAGGUUGGAUAGGGGACUAUGCGAUACUCAUUUUUUAACCUUGUUCCCAUCAUUGUUGGAGAGGCAUUUGAUGUCAACCACUUCAGACCAUUUGCCGUUGUUAUUUAGCUUACGAGAAUCAAACAUGGGAAAUUGGAGAAGUAACAGGACUUUUGGAUUUGAGAAUAUGUGGGUGGGCCGUGCAGAGUGUGAGGAGAUUAUUAACAUGGAAUGGAGAAAUAGACAGCCAAAAAAUAUGGAGGAUUUGUGUCAGCGAAGACUGGAACCCCAUGAGCAAGGGUCUGACGGGUUUGAACAAGAUAAGAGGGACCUUAAUGAUCUCCUACACCAUGAAGAGGUGGUGUGGCGUCAACAGGCUAGGGAGAUGUGGCUCAGAGAAGGUGACCGUGAUACAAGGUAUUUUCACAGCGUGGCGUCUAGGAGGAGAAGAAACAAUGCAAGUAACAGAAUCCAAGGAGAAAGCGGGCAAUGGUAUGACCAUAGGGAGCACGUGGAAGCCGUUUUCUUGCAUUAUUUCGAAAACCUCUACAAGUCAACUAAUAUGGAAGGGGUGGAUAGUUUUUGUGGGCUGGUGCUGGCAAAUGGAUUGAAAAUGGUCUUGCCAAUGAUUAUCAGUGAGAUCCAGAGCGCCUUUGUGCCCGGUCGGUCCAUUUUUGGCAAUGCCAUGGUAGCGUUCAAAACCUCAUAG